UGCGCGGGAACCCUCCCGCCCGCGGCCUACCCGGCCCUGCCCUCUCCGCCCCGUCAUGGAGGACGAGCUGUACCUCGAGAACAUCGACGAGUUCGUCACCGACCAGAACCGCAUCGUAACAUACAAAUGGCUAAGCUAUACUCUGGGAGUUCACGUCAACCAGGCUAAACAGAUGCUGUAUGAUUACGUAGAGAGGAAACGAAAGGAGAAUUCAGGAGCUCAGCUUCAUGUCACCUACUUAGUAGCAGGAAACCUCAUGCAGAAUGGACACGUUUGCCACAAGGUUGCAGUAGUGAGAGAGGAUAAACUCGAAGCAAUGAAGUCUAAACUAACCACGAUUGCGAGCGUGCAUGUCUACAGCAUUCAGAAAGCCUUGCUCAAGGACAGCGGACCACUCUACAACACAGACUAUGAUAUUGUCAAAACAAACCUGCACAACUGCAGCAAGUUCAGUGCCAUUCAGUGUGCCGCUGCGGUCCCCAGGACGUCGGCCGAAGUUUCUCAAGCGCAGAUGUCUGUGCAGACUGGUUCCCAGACACCAAGCGACACGAAUGCUGUCAGCGUACCUGUGGUCAACGGCCACGGUCCGUCGACCGCUAAACAGCCCUCGCAGCAGCCCAAAGGGAUCAUGGGAAUGUUUGCAGCAAAAGCGGCUUCCAAACCCCAGGACACAAAUAAAGAAACUAAAGCAGAGGCUAAGGAGGCCCCAGGUGUGUCUGCAGUAAGCAGCAAACCACCCACAAAGGGCAACAUAAUGAACAACUUCUUUGGAAAAGCUGCCAUGAAUAAACUCAAAGUCAACUCUGUGCCUGAGCAGCCAAAGGAGGAGAAAGAAGUAGCGAAGCCUUCAGUUCCUGCAGCAGAACCAGAGUCAUCCCCUAAUACUGUAGUAGAGAAACCUGGGAAGAAAACAGAGUCUGCUAGAAGUCAACAAAAGGACAAAAAAAGUAAAAUGAAGAAGGUGGACAAGUCAGAUAACGAGGAAGAAAGAGAUACCGAAAAUCUAAAGAAAAAGAGGAAGCGAAUCAAACAACUUCAGUCUGACAGCAGUGACGAGGAAGCAGAUGUCCCACUGUCUCCCACACCUGAGGAAGAGAAAGCUCCAUCUCCACCUCCUGUACCUGCUCUGAAAACUGAACUGGAGCCUGCAUCCGUGGAGGUUUCAGCUGGAGGGAGGAAGAGGAAGCGGAAGCGUGUGCUGAAAUCCAAAAUGUUUAUUGACGAAGAAGAAGGCUGCAUGGUGACUGAGAAGGUUUACGAGAGUGAAUCCUGUACAGAUAGCGAGGAUGACUUUGCCCAGUCCAAGCCACCAGCUGCACACAAACAGCCUGCGCUGCCUACGAAGAAAGAACCAAAGGAAGAAAGGAAGAACCCGAAGAAAGGGGCAGCUACUGCCAACAGAGCCAACAAACAGGUCUCCAUCAUGGGUUUUUUUCAGAAGAAAUGAACCAGGUCUUUCUCCCGGUCCUCUUGGCAGCUUGAGAGUGUUGCUCUUUUUGCGUGGCUUUCUAAAAGCUGCUGCGCUGGAGGAGAACAACAUGCAAUCUUCAGUUACGUAAGAUAUCUUGCUUACUGUGUAAGUAAGCCCUCUGGACUAGAUUUUUGUAUUGAAGAAAAGUGGGGUUUUUUAUUUGUUACUGCAAUAAUUUCAAUCGCCUUUACUAAGCAGAAUGGGAAUCGCCAGCUAGAAGCAGAAUCUAAAGGAACUCUUGAAAGACUUAAUCUAUUCACAUGAAAUUUUAUUUUUUUUUAAUAUGGCCUUUCACCUGUUCAGUGCUGAAGGCCUGUUCCACGCGUGGUAGAUGGACUAAAUUAUGAGUUGAGUUGUGGCAUCUUUUUUCCCCUCUUUUUACACCCCCAGCUCUCCAGGUUGAUCUAGAUGUUCACGUUGGUUAGAAGCUGUAAUGUAGCAGGUCUUCAGGCAUACACACAAAUAUUGAACAUCUGCUUCAGCUUUAACUGAAUGAAAAGAACUUAAUUUUUCCCCUAAGACUGGUAAAUAGUUUUUACUCUGCCUUUCAUAAUCUUUUUUUUGGACAAAGCAGUGCAUAUAAAAUUCUCUUACUCUUUUCUUCCUUGAACAUAUCCUCUGUAAAUUGCUCAGAUGCCUAAUUAUAGACCGGGACACUGCUGGUGCUCUGUCUUUGCAAAAACAUCUUUGAGGCUUCCCACACAAUUGGCUCCAGUGUAAUUGGGAGAAGGCUUCGCCGUUAUUGGGAAAGCAACUGAGUCUUUAACCUUGAAAGUUAAUGAGUCAAAGGGGAGGGUGUUUAGAGGGCACUUCUGAUAACACCACUCAGGUACCUGCUGUCUGUGAAGAAUUGCACGCGGCUUUUUGGGUUUGUAGGCUUUGGUUUGCCUGAAGUUUUUUUUACAGGCAUAAACCAGGCAACAGAAGAGUUGUUUUCUAGGACAUCUCAUCAUCUGCCCGCUGAAGGAAGCGUGCCACAGCAAAAGGUCCUGAGCAACCACUUAUUGGAGAUGAAUAAAGCACUGCAGUCCUGUUAAU